AUUCUCCACAAGAUCCUCAAAACGAAAUGGACUAUAGAGUAUGGAAUUUUACGCAUGCUAAUGUACGCCUCUGUUCUACCGUUAUAUAUGCAUGAACUCUCUUCUCCAUCCUUCACCAAAACCUUUUUUGUGGGUCACUUUCUCCUUCUUCUCUUCCCUUUCUUUUUCUUCACACUCUCACAUCUAUGGAGAUUGAUAAGGAUUUGAGACUCUCCAAAUUCAAGAGAAUUUGUGUUUUUUGUGGUAGCAGUCCUGGAAAAAAGAGUACCUAUAAAGAUGCUGCUAUUGAGCUUGGAAAAGAAUUGGUAGCCAGAAAUAUUGAUCUGGUUUAUGGAGGAGGGAGUAUUGGUUUAAUGGGGUUGAUUUCUCAAGCUGUUUAUAAUGGUGGCCGCCAUGUGAUUGGAGUUAUUCCCAAGACACUCAUGCCUAGAGAGAUAACCGGAGAAACAGUAGGUGAAGUGAAGCCAGUUGCUGAUAUGCACCAAAGAAAAGCAGAAAUGGCUAGACAUUCUGAUGCAUUCAUUGCCUUACCUGGUGGCUAUGGAACCCUUGAGGAGCUGCUUGAAGUAAUAACUUGGGCUCAACUUGGUAUCCAUGACAAGCCUGUGGGAUUGUUGAAUGUGGAUGGUUACUACAACUCCUUAUUGUCAUUUAUUGACAAAGCAGUAGAGGAAGGUUUCAUUAGUCCAAAUGCUCGCCAUAUCAUAGUUUCUGCCCCUAAUCCAAAAGAGUUGGUCAAGAAAAUGGAGGAGUAUUUUCCACAGCAUGAAAUAGUUGCUUCAAAGGUCACUUGGGAGAUGGAACAAUUAGGAUACUCUCCAAAAUGUGAAAUCUCAAGGUGAAGAGAUUUGAGAUAUUGAAGAUGAAAGCACUUUGAAAUGGACUAAUUUUACUUGACCAAAUGUUCUCAAAGUGGGUUUUUUUUAGCUCCCUCUUUCUGAUUUUUUUUUUUGGGUUAAUUUGAUGUAAACUAGAAAAAAAAAAUGACAUUGAAAUUGGAAGCUUGACCAUUUUCUUUA